AUGUUCUCUGCUACCUUUCAUCAGCUACUUCUAGUGGCCGUGAUUAUGGUAGGGACAAGCAGUCAGCAGCACUACUGCUCGUAUCCUAGUAGUACCGAGCUGGAGAGUGUGAUUGCCGCCAUCAUCGCCUCAGGAGAUGCUGCAGCUAAACCCACGAUAACUCUGCUGGAUUUCAACCCCGUCUGUCGUUCAUUCACUGACCGACAAGACCUCCUACGUGGAGUGUCAGUCGUGGUGCAGUACACUUGCUCUGGUCACUCCAGCUGCCGAUCAGGAACUGCAGUGGAGCAGAUUGAGUCUGGUUGUGAAAGUGGACAGUGGAGCAUUAGAGUAGAAGGCUCUACUUCUUUCACUCGUUCAGAAUCCACUGAAGCCAGUCUUUCUACCACUGCCAGAGAAGACUGUUCAGCUUGUGCGUCUCCAGAACUAACAAACACCCUGGAUAUCACGACUGAUAGCGUAACUCACUGUGUAGUGGUUGACUGUGGUGAACUAAUGGACCCAGAGAAUGGAGCAGUUAGUGUGACAACAGUGGAGUGUUGUGUGAUGAAGAUAUUAAUG